UGAUCCCUAUGAUCACACAUCCUCCAAAUACUAAUCAAUCCUCUCCAGCUAAGCUGGGUUCCAAACCCAUUUAAAAAAAAAAAACAAAAAAAUCAAUUUUCUCCAUUGACCCUCACUCAUCUCCAGUCCUCCACCUACCAAUUUACUUAUAUAAGACCUCUUAUCUUCCCUUUACUUCUACCGUUAGUUUUCGCGUUCAGUGGCUGAAUCAGGAUUUGAAACUCGAGAAUAUUUCACAUGGUGGCGCCGGCGUACGAGGCGACUGGCGGAGCGGUGCCGGACUGGCUGAACAAAGGUGACAACGCAUGGCAGAUGAUCUCCGCCACGCUGGUGGGUCUCCAGAGCGUGCCGGGGCUGGUCAUCCUCUACGGGAGCAUAGUGAAGAAGAAGUGGGCGGUCAACUCCGCCUUCAUGGCCCUCUAUGCCUUCGCCGCCGUUGUGCUUUGCUGGGUGUCGUGGGCCUACAAGAUGUCGUUCGGGGACGAGCUGCUGCCGUUUUGGGGAAAGGCCGGGCCUGCCUUAGGGCAGAAGUUUCUGCUCAAGCACGCUGCCCUCCCCGAAUCGACACAGCACCACCCCGACGGCAGUAUUGAGACUCCCAUGGCCAUGCCGUUAUACCCGAUGGCGACCAUGGUGUGGUUCCAGUGCGUGUUCGCGGCCAUAACACUGAUACUGUUGGCAGGGUCGGUGCUGGGGAGAAUGAACUUCAAGGCGUGGAUGAUGUUCGUGCCUCUGUGGCUGACGUCCUCGUACACCGUCGGUGCUUUUAGCUUGUGGGGCGGAGGGUUCUUGUUCCACUGGGGUGUUAUGGAUUACUCCGGCGGGUACGUCAUUCAUCUUUCUUCAGGGAUUGCUGGUUUCACCACUGCUUACUGGGUAGGACCUAGGGUGAAGAAGGACAGGGAGAGAUUCCCACCAAACAACGUACUGCUGACGUUGGCCGGAGCAGGGUUGCUGUGGAUGGGAUGGGCCGGUUUCAACGGCGGAGAUCCGUACGCGGCCAACACAGACUCCUCCAUGGCUGUCCUCAACACUAACAUCUGCGCUGCCACGAGUCUCUUGGUGUGGACAUGGCUCGAUGUCAUCUUCUUCAACAAGCCCUCCGUCAUCGGAGCUGUCCAGGGAAUGAUUACUGGCCUCGUAUGUAUUACUCCUGCUGCAGGUCUUGUACAAGGAUGGGCAGCAGUAGUGAUGGGAGUAUUGUCUGGCAGCGUGCCAUGGUUCACCAUGAUGAUCGUAGACAAAAGGUGGAGACUCUUAACCGUCGUUGACGACACCCUUGGCGUUGUCCACACCCACGCAGUGGCUGGAUACCUAGGCGGCAUAUUGACCGGCAUCUUUGCCGAGCCCCAACUAUGCGCACUCUUCUUACCUGUCACGAACUCUCGUGGGGUAGUCUACGGGGGCAUGCAAGUGUUCAAACAAAUCGUAGGCGGCCUGUUCAUCAUCGGAUGGAACAUCGUGGUGACCUCGAUCAUUUGUGUGGCAAUCCGGUUUGUGAUUCCUCUACGGAUGCCAGAGGAGCAGUUGUUGAUUGGAGAUGAUGCAGUGCAUGGGGAAGAGGCCUAUGCCUUGUGGGGCGAUGGGGAGUUGUAUGAUGAAACUAAGCAUGAUAAACAUUACUCGGAUGAUGCCUCACAGGGUAAGUUUGAAUCCAGUGGUGCCACUCAGGUUGUCUAAGCUAUCCUUCUACCAAAAUGUCAUUGUGAAAUUUAUCGGUUACAGUCGUACAUGUACUGUCACUAAAACAGUUACAUGUCCUCAUCUGUAUGUAUAUUGCUAGCUAUUUGGCUGCUUUGUAUUCGCUAUCGAUUAUGCGAGUGAUUAUUGAGGAUAGAAGAUAAAUCACAUGGAAAUGCACAAUGUAAAUUUCAUGAAAGAUUGGUUGCAUAUAAUCCAUAGUAGUCAAACUCCUACCUAGAGCCC